AUGCUAACGAUUCUUUCACAUUCGCGGUCGCCUGUAGCAACUUUAGCUAUACCAACCACAAGUCAAUCAAUAACCAAGACACAGAUUACAUUCAACCCCAAACAUACCUGUAAACCCCUGGAAGAGGACCCGGUACGUAACCUGAAGUUCGAUUUCCGGCUCGACAGUAGUAAUAACAACUUAAAGACAGAAGAGAAGGAAUGGGAUUUUCAGGAAUUUAUCAACUUUUGA